UUAACUCUUAUAAGCAUUAAGGAAGUUUAAUUAAGCAUGGGCAGAAAGCAGAUUAAUUUACUUUCAGUCCACAGGUUUUUCCCCUUCUUUUCUAUACACUUAUUUUACUAAGUUGCAAGUAGAGAAUGCUAUAAUUUGCAACCCGUUUUUCAAAUCCAAUUAAAGUCAAUGGUGAGGCGAUGGCUUUUGUAGGCUUUGCCUUAUGUACGGUAUAAGGCUUAUUAUAUCCACCCCUCUUUUUUGUGUGUGUGUGUAAGCCGCGAAGAAUGAACUAAAUCGGGUUAACAGUUAUAAUAAGUUUUAUUAUUUAAUAAAGUUUAUUACGCCGCUGUGAUCCUUUUAGGGAGGCUGUGUCGGUGUCACUAUGCCAGUAAUCCUGCCGUUAGUGCUGCAGUCCGUGUGGCCUGCCUGUCUGCCUUUCAGGCCUCCCUAGGGCCUCGCAGGCCGUCCCUGGGCCCCAAAGCUGCUGGCCCCCUCUUCUGAUCCCCAGAGCUCCGGAGAUCGACUUCUCUUUGCUUCCUGUGGCCUCUGUCCCUCAGCUGUCCUUUAGCUAUGAGAUUGUCCACUCCUGUCUGCCACUCGGUUUUCCUCCAAACACUUUUUACUCACGCUGAUUUUGAAUUACCUGCCUAUUUAAAAUGGAGUUCACCAGGCUGUCUGUUGAGUCACUCCUUCUCUGUUUCAGUUCCUCAACUUCUCCUGACCUAUAUGUUUCACCUACAGUCCCUCCCACAGAUUAGAUGAAGUUGUUUUUAUGUUGAAUGUAACCAAAGAGCCUUGGUCGUCUUGAGAUGACCGGCGGUGUAGUCACACUCUCACCUUUCAGCUCUGUGUUCAUUUGAAGUGCUGCCCCUUCUCCCUGCCUGGCUUGUGUUAUCAGUGCCAGGGAAUGAGUCUGUGUUUAAUGACUGAGUCGUUAUCUGGGUGGAGGAGACUUAGAGGCUAAUUGCUGUGAUUGCCGAGAUCCCCCAGGCGAGAAUGACUGCGGCUCGGAGGUGGUUUGGGGGGCUGGGGCUGGCGAACACCACGUGCUCUGUCAUCGACUCUGGGGAGCUGCACUGUCCUUGGGAAGAGGCCAAAGGAAAAGAAGUUGCCCAUCCACCAGGAUACCCUGUCUUCACCCUGUUAGCUUACCUGGCUAUGUGUCUUCUGUCCUCACUCUCUCCAGCCCACAGUGUCAACCUGAUGAGUGGCCUGCUGGGGGCUGCAGCUAGUGGUGCACUCUGCAUCACUGUCUGCAGGUUAGCAGGUCCUGGCCCUGGAGCAGUCCUGGCUGGAGGUCUGUUCGCUGUGUCCAGACUGAGCUGGCAGUGGUCCAUGGUGGCAGAAGUCUUCACCCUCAACAACCUCUUUGUCGGUUUGCUCUUCUACUUGACUGCCAGCUUUCACUGUGCUGAAAAUGCCACCCAGAGAAGCAAGAUUGCACAUCUAGGGGCUGUUUGCUGUGGUUUGGGUCUCUGUAACCAGCACACCUUAGUGCUAUAUGUUCUAGUCCUCAUUCCCUGGGUACUACACCGUCUGUACUCUCAGAAGGAGCUAUCUUUGCGCGGCGUUGUGUCUUUGGGAGUGUGUUUUCUCACUGGCUUUCUGCCAUACAUCUACCUGCCCAUAUCCUCCUACAUCAACACGGCUCGCUGGAGCUGGGGAGACCAGACCACUCUGUCUGGCCUGCUAACCCACCUGCUGAGAGCUGAAUAUGGCACUUUCAGUCUGGCAAAGACAGAAGGCUCUGUUGACUUUACCACUAUGCUUCGAGCCCAGUUGGACCACUGCCUGGCAGACCUUUCACUUCCUGUGCUGGUUCUGGCAGGAACAGGCCUGCUCCUCUCCUCACAGGAUAGGAUAUGUCGCUCAGUGUCCUUGCUGUUUACUGUCAUGCUGAUGAUUUACUCGCUGUUUUUUGCUUGGAGAGCCAACUUGGAUAUCAGCAGACCCCUACUGCUUGGAGUGGUGGAGCGUUUCUGGCUACAGAGUGAUGCUGCAGUGUGUGUGCUGGCAGGCCUCGGUUUGAGUCACACACACAAUGCUUUGGAGAGGAGGCUGGGCUAUGGGGGGUUGUGGAAGACCACAGGCUGGGUCCUCACCAUGGCUCUGCUGGCACAUACAGUGCACACCAAUCACAGAGAGUGUGAUCAGAGCAGAAACAGUGUGGUGGAGAGGUUCGGCCGGGAGCUCCUUGCCUCUGUUUCAAAAGACUCCAUCAUCCUGACCAGAGGAGAUCUCCCUGGAAACUCGCUCCGCUACCUACACUACUGUGAGGCUGUACGGCCUGAUGUACGCCUAGUUGACCAGGAGAUGAUGACAUACCCUUGGUAUGUGGCCAGGUUGGGGCAUCAUCACCCUGGGGUCCACUUUCCAGGCCGCUGGUGGGAUCCGGUCAACACUAAGGAAAAAGACACCUUCAGUCUGGAGCAGUUUCUGUCCCACAACACAGAGAGUGAUGUGUUUGCCUGCAUUGGGCUAUCUGAUGGAGAUCCAAGCUGGGAGGGCAGCUUCUCUCGCUGGCCUCUGGGUGUAUGUGACUACAUAGUGCCUGUUCAGAGACAGUUUCACCCUGAAAAGUGGGCUCAACGCACCCGCAGCAUCUACAGCUGGAGUGAAGCUCACAACAGUUUCCAUCCUGCGUCGUGGGAGCGUGUCGCUAAUGAGGAGAUGUGGCAAGCCAGGAUGAAGACGGCUUUCUUUCUGUUUGACCUGGCAGAAAGGAUGCAGGGAGAGGGGAAAGCUCGCCUCUUUGAGCUGUCUUACACUCUGUAUAAGGAGUUAGUGGAGGCCCACACAGACUACCCUCCAAACUGGGACAAGAACUUGGCACUAGCCUGUGAGAGGCUGCUCCGCUCGGGUCAGCGGGGGCACAGUCCAGACAGCCUGCUGACCUGCAGCACAGAGCACUUCAGUCUUUACUUAAAGAGAGAACCCACAGACCCCCAAGCCCCUGCCAUACGCUCUGCCAUCACUCACCUGCUCAGAGAGAGAGCCAGACUCCGCCAGAGCCUGAGGCAGACCCCAUGACAAGAUCUAGCGAGACCUUUGUGGACCAGACACGGUGAGAGAGUGAGUUCAGUUGAAGAAGGAAGAACUGGGGUUGAAGUCUGAGCAAGUGUGCCUUUUCUCAGGGAUUAAAGGAAGGGUUACAGACUGAGGUAGCGAUGUUAACUUAAAGUCUUGGCCAAAUCAACUUCUGAAAUGAGAGUUGGACUCAAGAGAAUGCUGAUUCAGACAUACUGCUCUAUACAGAACUCUCAACAAAGGAUGAAGUGGAAAAGACUGAACCAUGCUUCACAGGAUUAAUGUUUACAGUUGACCAGGAACGAAGCCUUAACUGACCCCAAUCAAGCCUUGCCUGUUCCCCUUAAAUGCACUCUUUCGAUUGCUUUAUCGUGACAUCUCCUCCUUUUUUUCUCUCCUCUUCUCUCACAGCUUUUUACGUGGUGAUUAUUUUGCCUCGGCCACUGCUCCACUUCUCUUUUUCUCACAUUAGGACGGCAAGACUGAGAUUGAGGGAAACCCAAUUUGGGGCCAGAAAUGGGGGAUUAGAGUGGUUGUUUAAUCUAGGACAGACUUGUGCUGUGCCACAGUGUUCUCACUCCGCAUCACCAACACUACCCACCCACCCCUUCAUCCAUCCAUCAGUCCAUCUUAGAUGGUCCUUUAAAUGUUUCAAACUAAUGGAUUUGAUGAGGGUUUUUUUCUCUCUUCCUUCCUGAUGGGAGGGCUGUAAUCUCUCAUGGAUUUGAAUGAAAUGUGAAAUGUCACAAUGCCAGGAACCCUUUUAGAGGUGUGUUUAUGUGUGCUUUUUACAUCUACAUCUGUGUAUGUGAACAUGCAUCGAGUUUCAUCCAAGCCCUGAUGAAAUUGUGUAUAGACAUAGUCAAUAAACACAUUGGCAUAGUGAAGAGCACAGUGCUUUGAUUGUAAGAGGCACAAAGUCAUACAAACGUCCUGGGAGACAGAAAUGCAAGACUGUUAGCCUCCAAAAUGAACUUUUAACUCAGAGAGGGUUACUUGAGAGAAAAUGUAACUUACAAACACACCAAGUAGAUUGUAGUUAUUACUUCUUUGCAUCUCCUCAGUUUGUCCUUAGUAUCCAGCACCAAUUCCACUCUCAUAGUGAGAGCUGUUAUACAUACCACUAGAAAGCUAGGACAGUUGCUCCGACUGUCCUUUGCCUGAGUGUUUUCUUCAGGGUGUAAUCUUCACUCUCUGUUCGCAGGCCUUGUUAGUGGCUGUCAGCGGGCUGGAUGAUCAGAUUCAACCUGCUGUAACACAGAUGGUUUGGUUUCUCAUAAAACACUGUCACUCGCCCUCAUACAGAUUAAAUGUCCCACUAAAUGUUUGUUUAAUACAUUUCUAAUAAAAGAUUUUAACCCA